CAAAAUGCCGUCAUCUCCAACUACUCUAUCAAAUGGAAAUGGAAACGGAAAUCACCACGAUCAAUCAGACCAUAUUGGAGCCAAUGCUAGCCUUGGGCACCACUUGCUGCUUCUGUCCAAAAUAUCCCAGCAGUUGAGUUCAUUACCAGCAGUUCCACAAUGACUUCUUUCAUGUUUCACUAUUUCAAGAAGCCAGGUAUCGAAUUCCCCUUCCCAAAUAUAUACUUUCGUGAGUAUGAGAGUAAGCUUUUGAAUAAAUUGCUAGCUUGUGCAUCGGAUCCACAAGAAAAAAAUCGUGCUUCGGAGGGUGUUGCAAGGUCUUGCAAAAUUGUUCUGAUAAAGGGUGCUAGAAAAACUGAGGCCAAGUAUAUUGAUUAUGUAACUGAAUUAGUUGGCAAGAAGUUUGUACCAGCUGGUUCGUUGGUUCAAGAACCGAGCCUGGACAAUGAGAAUUCCGAGAUUAUAGAAUGGCUUAACAAAAAGGAAAAGAAAUCAACUGUAUUUGUUUCCUUUGGUAGUGAAUAUUUUCUUUCCAAACAAGACACUGAAGAAAUUGCUCAUGGUUUAGAACUAAGCAACAUUAACUUCAUAUGGGUUGUGAGGUUUCCUAAAGGUGUGGAACAUAAACUCGAGGAGACACUGCCGAAAGGGUUUCUUGAAAUUGUUAGAGGGAGAGGAUUGGUCAUCGAGGGAUGGGCCCCACAACUGAAAAUUCUAGGACAUGAAAAUAUUGGGGGUUUUUUGAGUCACUGUGGAUGGAACUCAGUUUUGGAGAGUAUGCAUUUUGGCGUUCCCAUUAUUGCAUUGCCUAUGCAUCUCGACCAGCCUAUCAAUGCCAGAUUUGUUGAAGAUAUUGGUGUUGGUGUGGAGGUGGUGAGAGACUCGAAGGGGCAGCUUCACAGAGAAAGAUUAGCAGAAGUUAUUAAGCAAGUUGUGAUGGAAAAAAGCGGAGAAUCUGUGAGAGAAAAAGCUGACGAAAUAAAAGUGAAAAUAAGUGACAAAGGAGAUCAAGAAAUUGAUGAAAUUGUGGCAGAAUUAGUAGAGGUUUGCAACAGCGGUCCUAGCAGUUAGUAGUUGAGUCAGUAUUUAUUUUCAUUCUUAUUUAAAUGUUAGUAGUUUGAUACAAGACUUUCUUGUCUUGUUUUUGUGCUAACACCGAAAAUUUAAUGCAGUGUUACACCAUCUAACUUUCAAUUAGUUAAAUUUGAUUACAGUUUAGUAUUUUAAA